GAGCCGGGACGAUGCUGACCCCUUAGAUCCUGCUCCAGCCGCGGCGCGGGAAGAGGGGGCGCCCCUCACCGGACCCACUCCCUCCGCCCUCCGCCCUGCGCCCCCCCUUCUCGCUUCCUCUAUCGGGGCCGCUUCGCCGAAGGUAGAGCCAGAUCGGGCGCCCGGAGCCUAGGCGCGAAGCGAAGAAGCCGGAACAAAGUGAGGGGGAGCCGGCCGGCCGGCCCGGGGGGGCCCUCGGGGCCCUGGGGUAGCGGAACUUGCGCCGGGCGGGGCUCCCCAGCGACCCGGCGCCCCGCGGGCAGCAUGCCCCUGCGGGCAGGGGGAGCUGGGCUGAACUGGCCCUCCCGGGGGCUCAGCCUGCGCCCUAGAGCCCCCCCGAUGCGCCCCCUCCGGGGCCCCCCGGCUGCGUGAGGACACCCCCUCCGAGGGGCGCCGCUCGCCCCUCUCCAGACCGCCCGGGGCCCCGGUCGGCCAGAGGAUGGACGAGGAGGAGGAUGGAGCGGGCGCCGAGGAGUCAGGGCAGCCCCGAGGCUUCCUGCGGCUCAACGACCUGUCGGGGGCCGGCGGCCGGCCGGGGCCGGGGUCGGCGGAGAGGGACCCGGGCAGCGCGGACUCGGAGGCGGAGGGGCUGCCGUACCCCGCGCUGGCGCCGGUGGUCUUCUUCUACCUGAGCCAGGACAGCCGCCCGCGGAGCUGGUGCCUCCGCACGGUCUGUAACCCCUGGUUUGAGCGUAUCAGCAUGUUGGUCAUCCUUCUCAACUGUGUGACUCUGGGCAUGUUCCGGCCGUGUGAAGACAUGGCCUGUGACUCCCAGCGCUGCCGGAUCCUGCAGGCCUUCGAUGACUUCAUCUUUGCCUUCUUUGCCGUGGAGAUGGUGGUGAAGAUGGUGGCCUUGGGCAUCUUUGGGAAGAAGUGUUACCUGGGAGACACUUGGAACCGGUUGGACUUUUUCAUCGUUAUUGCAGGGAUGCUGGAGUAUUCGCUGGACCUGCAGAACGUCAGCUUCUCAGCUGUCAGGACAGUCCGUGUGCUGCGACCGCUCAGGGCCAUUAACCGGGUGCCCAGCAUGCGCAUCCUUGUCACGCUGCUGCUGGACACGCUGCCCAUGCUGGGCAACGUCCUGCUGCUCUGCUUCUUCGUCUUCUUCAUCUUCGGCAUCGUGGGCGUCCAGCUGUGGGCGGGGCUGCUCCGCAACCGCUGCUUCCUGCCGGAGAACUUCAGCCUCCCCCUGAGCGUGGACCUGGAGCCCUACUACCAGACGGAGAACGAGGACGAGAACCCCUUCAUCUGCUCGCAGCCCCGGGAGAACGGCAUGCGCUCCUGCCGCAGCGUGCCCACCCUGCGCGGCGAGGGCGGCGGCGGCCCCCCCUGCGGCCUGGACUACGAGGCCUACAACAGCUCCAGCAACACCACCUGCGUCAACUGGAACCAGUACUACACCAACUGCUCCGCCGGGGAGCACAACCCCUUCAAGGGCGCCAUCAACUUCGACAACAUCGGCUACGCCUGGAUCGCCAUCUUCCAGGUCAUCACGCUGGAGGGCUGGGUCGACAUCAUGUACUUUGUGAUGGAUGCUCAUUCCUUCUACAACUUCAUCUACUUCAUCCUCCUCAUCAUCGUGGGCUCCUUCUUCAUGAUCAACCUGUGCCUGGUGGUGAUCGCCACGCAGUUCUCCGAGACGAAGCAGCGGGAGAGCCAGCUGAUGCGGGAGCAGCGGGUGCGGUUCCUGUCCAACGCCAGCACCCUGGCCAGCUUCUCGGAGCCCGGCAGCUGCUACGAGGAGCUGCUCAAGUACCUGGUGUACAUCCUCCGGAAGGCAGCCCGCAGGCUGGCCCAGGUCUCCCGGGCGGCAGGCGUGCGGGCCGGGCUGCUCAGCCCAGCGCCCCUCGGGGUCCAGGAGCCCCAGCCCAGCGGCAGCUGCUCCCGCUCCCAUCGCCGCCGCCCGUCCGUCCACCACCUGGUGCACCACCACCACCACCACCACCACCACUACCACCUGGGGAACGGGACGCUGCGGGGCCCCCGGGCCAGCCCCGAGAUCCAGGAUCGGGAUGCCAACGGGUCCCGCCGGCUCAUGCUGCCACCGCCCUCGACGCCUGCCCUGUCCGGGGGCCCCCCUCGGGGUGCAGAGGCCGUGCACAGCUUCUACCACGCCGACUGCCACCUGGAGCCGGUCCGCUGCCAGGCGCCCGCUCCCAGGUCGCCCUCCGAGGCCUCGGGCAGGACUGGGAGCAGCGGGAAGGUGUACCCCACUGUGCACGCCAGCCCCCCGCCAGAGAUGCUGAAGGAGAGGGCGCUUGUGGAGGUGGCCCCCGCUUCUGGACCCCCCGCCCUCACCAGCCUCAACAUCCCACCCGAGCGCUACAGCUCCAUGCACAAGCUGCUAGAAACGCAGAGCACAGGCACCUGCCAGAGCUCGUGCAGGAUCUCCAGCCCCUGCCUGAAGGCAGACCGCGGAGCCUGCGGCCCCGACAGCUGCCCCUACUGUGCCCGGGCGGGGCCCGGGGAGGCGGAGCUCGCCGGCCACGAGAUGCCCGACUCGGACAGCGAGGCGGUGUACGAGUUCACACCGGACGCCCCGCACGGCGAACUCCGGGACCCCCCGGGCCGGCGGCGCCGGAGCCUGGGGCUGGACGUGGAGCCCCGCUCCGUGCUGGCCUUCUGGAGGCUCAUCUGUGACACCUUCCGGAAGAUCGUGGACAGCAAGUACUUUGGUCGGGGCAUCAUGAUUGCCAUCCUGGUCAACACGCUCAGCAUGGGCAUCGAGUACCACGAGCAGCCCGAGGAACUCACCAACGCCCUGGAGAUCAGCAACAUCGUCUUCACCAGCCUCUUUGCCCUGGAGAUGCUGCUGAAGCUGCUCGUGUAUGGCCCCUUUGGCUACAUCAAGAACCCCUACAACAUCUUCGAUGGCGUCAUUGUUGUCAUCAGCGUGUGGGAGAUCGUGGGCCAGCAGGGGGGCGGCCUGUCGGUGCUGCGGACCUUCCGCCUGAUGCGGGUGCUGAAGCUGGUGCGCUUCCUGCCGGCGCUGCAGCGGCAGCUCGUGGUGCUCAUGAAGACCAUGGACAACGUGGCCACCUUCUGCAUGCUGCUCAUGCUCUUCAUCUUCAUCUUCAGCAUCCUGGGCAUGCAUCUCUUCGGCUGCAAAUUUGCCUCCGAGCGGGACGGGGACACACUGCCGGACCGGAAGAACUUUGACUCCCUGCUCUGGGCCAUCGUCACCGUCUUCCAGAUCCUGACCCAGGAGGACUGGAACAAGGUGCUCUACAACGGCAUGGCCUCCACGUCGUCCUGGGCCGCCCUCUACUUCAUCGCCCUCAUGACCUUCGGCAACUACGUGCUCUUCAACCUGCUCGUCGCCAUCCUGGUGGAGGGCUUCCAGGCGGAGGAAAUCAGCAAACGGGAAGAUGCGAGUGGACAGUUAAGCUGUAUUCAGCUGCCUGUCGACUCCCAGGGGGGAGAUGCCACCAAGUCCGAGUCGGAGCCCGAUUUCUUCUCCCCCAGCCUGGAUGGCGACGGGGACAGGAAGAAGCACUUGGCCUUGGUGUCCCUGGGAGAGCACCCGGAGCUGCGGAGGAGCCUGCUGCCCCCUCUCAUCAUCCACACGGCCGCCACGCCCAUGUCGCUGCCCAAGAGCUCCAGCACCGGCCUGGCCGAGGCGCUGGGCCCGGCCUCCCGCCGCACCAGCAGCAGCGGCUCGGCGGAGCCCGGCGCGGCCCACGAGAUGAAGUCGCCGCCGAGUGCCCGGAGCUCCCCGCACAGCCCCUGGAGCGCAGCGAGCAGCUGGGCCAGCAGGCGCUCCAGCCGCAACAGCCUGGGCCGGGCCCCCAGCCUGAAGCGGAGGAGCCCGAGCGGGGAGCGGAGGUCCCUGCUGUCGGGCGAGGGCCAGGAGAGCCAGGACGAAGAGGAGAGCUCGGAGGAGGAGCGGGCCGGCCUGGGCCACAGGGGCUCCCUGGACCUGCCGGACACGCUGCAAGUGCCCGGGCUGCACCGCACCGCCAGCGGCCGCAGCUCCGCCUCCGAGCACCAGGGCUGCAAUGGCAAGUCAGCCUCGGGGCGCCUGGCCCAGGCCCUGCACCCCGAUGACCCCCCACUGGAUGGAGAUGAUGGCGAUGACGAGGGCAACCUGAGCAGAGGGGAGCGGAUGAGAGCGUGGAUCCGAGCCCGGCUCCCUGCCUGCUGCCGAGAGCGAGACACUUGGUCUGCCUACAUCUUCCCUCCUCAGUCAAGGUUCCGCCUCCUGUGUCACCGGAUCAUCACCCACAAGAUGUUCGACCACGUGGUCCUCGUCAUCAUCUUCCUCAACUGCAUCACCAUCGCCAUGGAGCGCCCCAAGAUCGACCCGCACAGCGCUGAGCGCAUCUUCCUGACCCUCUCCAACUACGUCUUCACCGCCGUCUUCCUGGCGGAGAUGACCGUGAAGGUGGUGGCGCUGGGCUGGUGCUUCGGGGAGCAGGCGUACCUGCGCAGCAGCUGGAACGUGCUGGACGGGCUGCUGGUGCUCAUCUCCAUCAUCGACAUCCUGGUGUCCAUGGUGUCGGACAGCGGCACCAAGAUCCUGGGCAUGCUGCGGGUGCUGCGGCUGCUGCGGACCCUGCGCCCGCUCCGGGUGAUCAGCCGGGCACAGGGCCUGAAGCUGGUGGUGGAGACGCUGAUGUCCUCGCUGAAGCCCAUCGGGAACAUUGUGGUCAUCUGUUGUGCCUUCUUCAUCAUUUUCGGCAUCCUGGGGGUGCAGCUCUUCAAAGGGAAGUUCUUCGUAUGCCAGGGUGAGGACACCAGGAACAUCACCAACAAGUCUGACUGUGCCGAGGCCAGCUACCGGUGGGUCCGACACAAGUACAACUUCGACAACCUCGGCCAGGCCCUGAUGUCCCUGUUCGUGCUGGCCUCCAAGGACGGCUGGGUGGACAUCAUGUACGACGGGCUGGACGCCGUGGGCGUGGACCAGCAGCCCAUCAUGAACCACAACCCCUGGAUGCUCCUGUACUUCAUCUCGUUCCUGCUCAUUGUGGCCUUCUUUGUCCUGAACAUGUUCGUGGGCGUGGUGGUGGAGAACUUCCACAAGUGCCGGCAGCACCAGGAGGAGGAGGAGGCCCGGCGGCGGGAGGAGAAGCGGCUGCGGAGGCUGGAGAAAAAGAGAAGGAGUAAGGAGAAGCAGAUGGCCGAUCUAAUGCUGGACGAUGUAAUUGCUUCCGGCAGCUCCUCCAGCGCGGCGCCAGAAGCCCAGUGCAAACCCUACUACUCGGACUACUCCCGCUUCCGGCUCCUCGUCCACAACUUCUGCACCAGCCACUACCUGGACCUCUUCAUCACCGGCGUCAUCGGGCUGAACGUGGUCACCAUGGCCAUGGAGCACUACCAGCAGCCCCAGAUCCUGGACGAGGCUCUGAAGAUCUGCAACUACAUCUUCACCAUCAUCUUCGUCUUGGAGUCAGUCUUCAAACUCGUGGCCUUUGGCUUCCGUCGGUUCUUCCAGGACAGGUGGAACCAGCUGGACCUGGCCAUCGUGCUGCUGUCCAUCAUGGGCAUCACGCUGGAGGAGAUCGAGGUCAACGCCUCGCUGCCCAUCAACCCCACCAUCAUCCGCAUCAUGAGGGUGCUGCGCAUCGCCCGAGUGCUAAAGCUGCUGAAGAUGGCCGUGGGCAUGCGGGCGCUGCUGGACACGGUGAUGCAGGCCCUGCCCCAGGUGGGGAACCUGGGACUUCUCUUCAUGUUGUUGUUUUUCAUCUUUGCAGCUCUGGGCGUGGAGCUCUUUGGAGACCUGGAGUGUGACGAGACGCACCCCUGCGAGGGCCUGGGCCGGCAUGCCACCUUCCGGAACUUUGGCAUGGCCUUUCUGACCCUCUUCCGAGUCUCCACGGGGGACAACUGGAACGGCAUUAUGAAGGACACCCUCCGGGACUGCGACCAGGAGUCCACCUGCUACAACACGGUCAUCUCCCCCAUCUACUUCGUGUCCUUCGUGCUGACGGCCCAGUUCGUGCUGGUGAACGUGGUGAUCGCCGUGCUGAUGAAGCACCUGGAGGAGAGCAACAAGGAGGCCAAGGAGGAGGCCGAGCUGGAGGCCGAGCUGGAGCUGGAGAUGAAGCCGCUCAGCCCGCAGCCCCGCUCGCCACUGGGCAGCCCCUUCCUCUGGCCCCGGGUCGAGGGCCCCGACAGCCCCAAGCCCGGGGCCCCGCACGCCGGAGCAGCCUCCUCGCGCUACUCCCUGGAGCACCCCACGGACAGACAGAUGUUUGACACCAUAUCCCUGCUGAUCCAGAGCUCCCUGGAGGGGGAGCUGAAGCUGAUGGACGAGCUGGCGGGCCCAGAGGGCCAGCCCUCUGCCUUCCCUCCGGCCAGCAGCCCGGGUGGCUCCGACCCACAGAUCCCUCUAGCUGAGAUGGAGGCUCUGUCUCUGACGUCAGAGAUUGUGUCUGAACCGUCCUGCUCUCUAGCUCUGACGGAUGACUCUUUGCCUGAUGACACUCUCACACUCUUACUUAGUGCCCCGGAGAGCAAUAAUAGGGGGCCCCGCCUGGGGGAGGUGCCGGACCUGCUGGCGGUGCGGAAGUCUGGGGUCAGCCGCACGCACUCUCUGCCCAACGACAGCUACAUGUGCCGGGACAGAAGCACUGCCGAGGGGUCCCCGGGACACAGGAGCUGGGGGCUCCCCAAAGCUCAGUCAGGCUCCGUCUUGUCCGUGCACUCCCAGCCAGCAGACACCAGCUACAUCCUGCAGCUUCCCAAAGACGCGCCCCAUCUGCUCCAGCCCCACGGCGCUCCCACGUGGGGUGCCAUCCCCAAACUGCCCCCGCCGGGCCGCUCCCCUCUGGCGCAGAGGCCCCUGAGGCGCCAGGCAGCAAUAAGGACCGAUUCCCUGGACGUCCAGGGCCUCGGCAGCAGGGAGGACCUGCUGUCAGAGGCGAGCGGGCCCUCCCCGCCUCUGGCCCGGACCUCCUCCUUCUGGGGCCGGCUGAGCAGCCCGGCACAGCAUCCCUGCGGCCAGAGCAAGACCUCGAAGCACACGCCCUCGCCAGCCCCCUGCCCGGGCCCUGAGCCCACCUGGGGCCAAAGCCCGCUGGAGACCAGGAGCAGCUUGGAGCUGGACACGGAGCUGAGCUGGGUUUCCGGAGGCCUCCUGCCGGCGGGCGGCCAGGAGGCGCCCCCGUCCCCGCGGGACCUGAAGAAGUGCUACAGCGUGGAGGCGCAGAGCUGCGGGCGCCGGCCCGCGUCCUGGCUAGAGGAGCAGAGGCGGCACUCCAUCGCCGUCAGCUGCCUGGACAGCGGCUCCCAGCCCCACCUGGACCCCGGCCCCUCCGGCCUCGGGGGGCACCCUCUCGGGGGGCCUGGGGGCCGGCCCAAGAAAAAACUCAGCCCGCCCAGUAUCUCUAUAGACCCCCCCCAGGGCCAGGGCGCUCGGCCCCCACCCAGCCCUGGCAUCUGCCUCCGGAGGAGGGCUCCGUCCAGCGACGCCAAGGAUCUCUCGGCCUCCGGCCCCCCUGACAGCAUGGCUGCCUCGCCCUCCCCAAAGAAAGACACGCUGGGUGUCUCCGGUUCCCCGGCCGCCCCAGCAGACCUGGACCCCUGAGUCCUGCCCCACCCUCCCUCUCACCUUUCUCCACUGGGUGCCAAAUCCUAGCUCCUCCUCUUGGGCUAUAGUCCCCACAGACGGUCCAUGUGGACACCCAGGAGGCGCCCUCCCUCCCUCCCUCGGUGGCGCUGGGCACUGGCAGAAGCCGGAUGCCCAGCGAGUGGGAAGCGGCAGCCCUGCCCACCCCGGCUCCCAGCAGGAGGAGAAGCCGGUGCCGCUGAGGAGCCCGACACCAGGAGCUGUUGGGAGAAAGCAAUACGUUUGUGCAGAAUCUCUGUGUAUAUUCUAUUUUAUUAAAUUAAUUGAAUCUAGUAA